UCCGCCGCCGCCGCCGCCGCAGGCCGCCAAGCGCGCCGCCGACGCACGGAGCCCCAUGCCACCUCAGCACAAGCCCGCUAUGUACAAUCCCGAGGCGUACGGCGGCGCGGGCGGCAAGCGCAAGAAGCGGCUGGCGGACAAGAUCCUGCCGCAGAAGGUGCGCGACCUGGUGCCGGAGUCGCAGGCCUACAUGGACCUGCUGGCCUUCGAGCGCAAGCUGGACGCCACCAUCAUGCGCAAGCGCCUCGACAUCCAGGAGGCGCUCAAGCGGCCCAUGAAGCAGAAGCGGAAGCUGAGGAUAUUCAUCUCCAAUACUUUUUAUCCGGGACAAGGGGAUAACGCAGUUGCGUCAUGGGAAUUGCGUGUCGAAGGUCGUUUGCUGGACGACUCGAAGAACGACCCAAACAAAGUUCCGGUUCCUUUGGUUAAACGCAAGUUCUCGUCGUUCUUCAAGUCGCUUGUGAUCGAGCUGGACAAGGAGCUCUACGGGCCCGACAACCACCUGGUCGAGUGGCACCGCACGUUGACCACACAAGAGACGGAUGGGUUUCAGGUGAAGCGGCCGGGGUACAAGAACGUGCGCUGCACCAUCCUGCUGCUGCUGGACUACCAGCCCAUGCAGUACAAGCUGGACCAGCGCCUGGCGCGCCUGCUGGGCGUGCACACGCAGACGCGGCCCGUCAUCGUCAACGCGCUGUGGCAGUACGUCAAGACGCACCGCCUGCAGGACCCGCACGAGCGCGAGUACAUCGUGUGCGACAAGUACCUGGAGCAGAUCUUCGGCGCCUCGCGCAUGAAGCUGGCCGAGGUGCCCGGCCGCCUCAGCGCGCUGCUGCACGCGCCCGACCCCAUCGUCAUCAACCACGUCAUCGCCGUCGAGCCGCCGCACGACACCAAGCAGACCGCCUGCUACGACAUCGACGUCGAGGUGGAUGACACACUCAAGACCCAGAUGAACAACUUCUUAUUGAGUACGGCGAAUCAACAAGAGAUUCAAGGCUUGGAUUCUAAAAUACAUGAGACUGUGGACACGAUCAACCAGCUGAAGACGAACCGCGAGUUCUUCCUGAGCUUCAGCAAGGACCCGCAGCAGUUCAUCCAGAAGUGGCUCGUCAGCCAGUCGCGCGACCUCAAGACGAUGAACGGCUCGGCCGGCAACCCCGAGGAGGAGCGCGUGCACGCCUUCUACGCGCAGCCCUGGGCCGGCGAGGGCGUCGCGCGCUACCUGCACGCGCGGGUCGCCGCGCGCCGCCGCGACCUCGACGCGCAGCUGCACGCGCCGCACGCGCCCCACCUCGCGCGCCUCUAGGGACCUGCACGCGCGGGGCCCUGCACAUCCCGCCCCUGCCCUGUGGCCCACAGUGAUCAAUAAAAGUCGUUUGUACCCGUA